UUUUUAACAUAUAGAAUGUAGAAGUACUUUUAGCUUAAGUAAAGUAGAAAAUAUCUAUUAAAUUGUUAUGCGUUGUUUAGAUUUAGUUUAUUUUGAAACUAGCCGAAUAACUGUUAGUUAACUCGCUCACAGCCAUUCUUAUAUUAUCUAUGAUCUUAGUGUUGACGUGUCUGCCGUCACAAUAUAUUUUGUUGUGACUGGUGAUCAAAAUGUACUCUAAUAAAAUAUAGUGUAACAUACUAACUAGGUUUUUGCAAUUUGUAACAAGCUGAAAGAUGUCCAAAGCCAUAGAUCUGUAUGAAUUCUUGCUGGAAGCCGAGCUCCAUCAAUAUUACUCGGAACUGAAAAACGAUCUGAAGGUCAUGACUGUCUCUCAAGUCAAGUUUGUAACGGAAGACGAUCUUUAUCAAAUUGGCAUGACCAAGCCAGAAAUAAGAAGAUUAAAAAAAUAUUUCCAAAAAUAUUACCCUCAAAAUUACUUUUCGAAAUUUAAAAAAUUAAUAACAUUAAAGGAUAGUAAAGAUCAAUGGAGUGAAUGUUCUGGUUCACAAGAUUCCUUGAAACCUAUUUAUGAGAAACGACCCCCAGCUCGUGUCCCUAAUAAACAUAUCAUUCCUGCAGAUUCAAUCACUAUUAAUAAAGAGUUAGGUGUAGGGGAGUUUGGAGUGGUACAACAAGGUGUCUGGACCAAUGAAGGAGAUAGAAUUCAAGUUGCCAUAAAAUGUUUAAGUCGUGAUCGUAUGCAAAACAAUCCCAUAGAAUUUCUUAAAGAAGCUGCUAUUAUGCAUAGUAUUGACAACGAACACAUUGUCCGAUUAUAUGGUGUUGUUCUAGAUACAGAUGCAUUAAUGCUAGUUACUGAAUUGGCGCCACUUAGGUCUCUUUUAGAAUGUUUAAAAGAGCCAACACUUCGUGCCAGUUUUCCAGUCAUGUCAUUAUGUGACUUUGCAAUACAAAUAUGCAAUGGAAUGCAUUAUUUAGAAACUAAAAGACUUAUACACAGAGAUUUAGCUGCCAGAAACAUUUUAGUUUUUACAAAAAAUAAGGUUAAGAUAUCAGAUUUUGGAUUAUCACGGGCACUUGGUGUUGGUAAAGAUUAUUACCAAACAAAUUUUAAUGUUAACUUGAAAUUACCAAUUGCAUGGUGUGCACCGGAGUGUAUAAGUUAUUUACGCUUUACUUCAGCUUCUGAUGUAUGGGCAUAUGGUGUAACAUUAUGGGAAAUGUUUAGCUAUGGUUUUCAGCCUUGGGCAGCUCUUACAGGACAGCAAAUUCUUGAGGCUAUUGAUGAGCCCAAUUUUCAGAGAUUAGAACAGCCUGAUUGCUGUCCAAAAGAAUAUUUUAAUGUCAUGUCUAAGUGCUGGCAACAUGAUCCUGCUAAGCGACCACGUUUUUCUGAAUUAGCAUCUAUUCUACACGAUUGCAAACCAGAACAAGUUCAAACUGUUGUAAACUUUGAAGAGAAAAAAAGAGAUAUGCUCCAAUAUACUAUUAAAGAAGUCAUAACAGUACUUGAUAAAAUGCCUGGUGUUCCGAAUCUUUGGAAAGGAGUACUGUGUAAUGGAAAGACUGGUUUAUUUAAUCCUUCUAACACUGUAGCUUAUUUGGGUAUGAAUUUGCCCUCAAACAGGAAUUCUGAAUUUAAUAGAAAUGAUUUAAAAUACUCUUCACGUCGAAGUAGUCGCCUUAAAAUUGACAUGAUAUCUUGCCCACAAGGUGAUGUGAAGCAUAUGGGUCAUGUGGGUCUUGAUGGGGCUUAUUUUGGAGAUAUUGAGUUUAUGAGUACAAAUGCACCAAAAUAUAAUCACUUACCCCAUCAAGUUGUAGCACCUUACAAACCACAAGAAGACUGUGCUAGUGUUAGUGAUUCUCCAACUUCUAUUAAGGCUUGUUCAGAUCGAGCACCAUUACUAAAUGGUAACAAAUCAGAGAACAAAAAAAAUGAUUUAAUUGUAUGGCUAGAAAAAAAUAAAUUAGCCAAUAUCUUAACUGACCAUGAGUACCAUGAAAUUAGUGAUGAAGAUACUGUUGCUGAAAGUCCUAGGUUUGAGAAAACUUUUGAUUUUGGUCCAAGCCUGGUAGAAGAAAUGGAAACCAUGUUCAGAACUAUAAGCACAAAUGGUGUUAGUAAUUAUGCUGUGUCGCCACCAAGAUCACCAUUAGAUCCUCUUGACACAAACCAUCGAAAUGAAUUAAGGGAAAUAGCAGCUACUAUUGCUGCCGCUGCUGCAUGUAACUCUAAGUCCAAAAAGAAACAAGCAACAGUAAAACCAAUAUCUGCAUCAGAUGAAAAAUCUCUGGAUUCUGCCAUUGCCAUGGCUAGUGAGUUUGCUAAUCGAUCAAUGGGAUCGGAUAUUGAACAACCUCAUAAUCUUGUACCUGAAUCUCCUUCAUCACCUAAUAAGCGCAAGUUUACAUUUAAGUUCCCUCCACCAAUGGGUUCUCUUACAAAAGCUCAAAAACAUGAAAUAAAAACAUUUACUGAUGAAGCUGCUUCUAUUCCUGACAUUCAAUCAUAUAGUAGCUUACAAUCGUUUUCAUCUUUUAUUAGUGCAGAUUCUUUAUUGGACAAUGCCCCAUUUCGUUUACCUUUAUGGGACAAAGCAUCCACAGAGUUUUAUUUUGCUCGCUCAAGAGAACUAUUGACCAAAGAAUCUCCUAGUAUUGGUUCAUUAGACUAUAUUUCUUGUAGUUCUUUAAGAACAAAUAAGUGCUCCAGUAUAGAUUCAACUGAAACAUUAGUUGGUGACCAAUACUCAUGCCCCAAUUCUCCCAAAUUUAGAUCUAUAAACAAAACAGAAACAUCAUUUAGAUCAAAUACCUUGCCAUCGAGUAAAACUAAAGAUAAAUUAAGACGCAGUUGGUCUGACUCUGAAAACAGUAUUUACGUGUCUAAAGACAUCCUUACUAAAAAUCAUUCCAAUUUCCGUCUAAUUGAUGAUGAAAACGGGGAACUCUGAGUGUGCUUUAUAGGUUGAUUUUUAUUUUACGUUCAGUUUUGCGUUAUUAUUAGAUUAUAGUGAUUGUCUAGGCCUUAGCCUACUCACGUACUUAAUUUUAUCUUUUAAAAUAUAUACUACAUAUAAUAGUUUUAUUUCUCUGCAUCAAAACAACAAUUUGAAUGCUCUAUGCACGUCUCUUAAGUAAUCAUUUUAAUGAAUAUAAAAAAUAGCUAGAGUUGGGCAUUUAUAUUUUGAUAUACUAUUAAUACAUUCUAAAAAGUGAAUUUUAAUUGAAUGGGCUGUUUGAUAAAAAGAACAUGUCUAAUUUGUUGAGAAUUUUACUUAAGGGGCCUCUACACUAGCAUUUAUUAAGGCGCAUUGUAUAGGCAAUUUUUUACCAAAACUUAACAUUAAGCGAAAAUUUUUAAACACUUAUAUUAUCAUAGGAAAGAAGGAUCUAUUUUAAUACUUAUUAAUUUUUUUAAAUUUGUAUAAUGCAUGUAUGAUUUUGUACAAAAAUAUGUUCCUACUUCAAAUGUACUGUUCCUAAGAAUAUUUUGAUUUAAGUACUGAAAAAACACGUGAAUUCUUCAUAAAAUUAUCAGGGUAUUAUCAGGAUCAUGGCACAAUUUGUAAAUUAUUUUUAGUUAAUUAAUUAUUUCAAUGUAAAAAACUACUACUUCCAACUUUUUUAAACUAAAAAUAUUAAUUUAAAAAUUUUUUUUUUUAAAUUAUGCCACGAUUAAUGACUUGAAAAUGUUAAAUAAUGUUUGAAGAAUUCAAAAUGUUUUCAAAAGUUAAAUUGGAGUAUUCUUAGGAACUGUACGUUUGAAGUAGAAUGAGUUGUUUUUGACCUAAAAUACACAGGUGUAGAGAUCCUUUAAGUAUCUUAUUUGAAUCUAACUUCAUUGUUUCAUGUUAAAACAAAACAUAUCCAAGUAUUUAUAUAGUUUUUAUUUUAGAUAAGAGCUGUUACUAACUAGUAAUGUAAUUUUUUUUCUUUCCUGUAAAAUGUUUGACUUCUCUUUUCCAAAUAACCCGUUCAAUUGUAUUCUUAUUAACAAAAUUUAUUUUCCUGGCAUUUAUAAACCAUAUACACAAUAAUCGGUAACAUAAUAUUAGUGAAUCUAACAACAUACGUUAAUUAUGUAGUAACAAGUUAAAAUUUUAUAAUUAACAUAUUAACUUGCUUAAUAGACUUAUGUUAUUUGAUACAUUUUUUGUAUUGCUGAUACAUGUUCAACUCUAAUGUUACAGUAUUCUUUAUUAUCAUUCCAUAAAGUAUAAAUGACCACAGAAAAAUUUUAGGUUCAAUCAACUGUAUAAUUAAUUGAAUUGGGAAUUUCGAAAAGGGCUCAUAUUGGUCUAUAUGUGUAAAUUAAAAAAAUGCGGAAAAAUCAAUUUUGAUCAAAACUCAAGAUGGACCCUUUUCGAAAUUUACAGUUCAAUUAGGUAUGAAUUUUAUUUCAGUCUAAAUAUUGUGUGCUGACUUUAAUAAUAAUUUAUCUAAUGGAACUCUUUUUUGACAUAUAAAAAGUUACACAUUGUGUUUAUAUUAAUACAUUUGUUGAGCUAUAAAUAGUUAAACUUAUUAUUAUCAUCAUUCAUCUGCUCUAAAUAAAAGCAUGAAUAAAAGUUUACAAGAUGUUUUGAAAUAACUUCAAAACUAACAUACCCUUUUUGUAUUUUAUGUUCCUUUCUCUUUACUUUGUAGUUAAUACUUCUCCUAAUGCAGUAAAAAGUAAAUGUAGAUUAGUAUAAGUCGUUUGCUUUGUUUUUUUAUUUAUUUUAUGUGUGUGUUUUGUUUAAUUUAUAUUUCCCUUUUUCCUUCUACACUCCUAUUCGUUUCCACUAUACGCACAUAGGGUUGUUUGACAGAAGAAGCCAAACUUGCAUAUAAUGGACUGAUUGAGAAACCUACAAAUGUUGAGUGUACUAACUCCUUGAGAA